AUGAGUGGGAGCUUUAGUUUUAAAGAGGAAAAAAGAAAAGUAAUGGAUAAGGUUAUGAGUGGAAAAUUCAAGACUCUUGUGAAACAUAUUCUUAAAUCAAUGAAUAUUUCUUGCUUAAAAGACAAUGGUGGUGAUAAUUGGGUUGAUAUCGUUACAUCUUUAUCAUGGGAAGCUGCUUCUUUUUUGAAAGGGGAAGCCAUGGAUCCUGAUGGUUAUGUGAAAGUCAAAUGUAUUGCUACUGGCUCUCGAAGUCAAAGUGAAGUAUUCAAUGGUUUGGUGUUCAAAAAGCAUGCUGCUCACAAACACAUGCCAACAAGAUUCAAAAGACCAAAACUACUACUGAUCAAGGGUACACUAAGUGAUUCUGAUGGAUUUUCAUCAUUUGAGUCGAUGAACCACGAAAAGAACAGACUUGAUUCUGUUAUUUGGAUGAUAGAGAAGUGCAAUCCAAAUGUUAUUUUAGUGGAAAAAACCGUUUCACGUGAUAUUCAAGAGUAUAUUCUUUCAAAAGGGAUGACACUAGUUUUGGAAAUGAAAAUGAACCGGUUAGAGAGAAUUGCUCGUUGUAUAGGUUCAUCAAUCUUGUCAUAUGAUCAAUUGAGUGAUAAAAAAUUGAGACAAUGUGAUUCCUUUUAUUUUGAAAAAAUUAUUGAAGAACAUGGUGCUCUUUGUGAAAGUGGAAAGAAGCCAAGCAUGACUUUAAUGUUUCUUGAGGGAUUGCCUAAACGUAUGGGCUGCACGAUUUUGCUGAAGGGAUCUCACAGUGAUGAACUUAAAAAAAUCAAAACUGUUGUUCAGUUUGCAGUUGGUCUGGCAUACCAUUUGAUCCUUGAGAAUUCGUUUCUUCUAAAUCAGAGAAUAAUGUUUUCCACCAUUUCCCCGGAUAUAUUUGCUACCAAAAUCCCCACCGAAGAGAUCAUUCCAUCAAUCAGCAAUCAUGCUCUUGAUUUAGCAUUUGAUGAUUCAAAUAUUCCAGUUUCCAAGGAGGAUUCUAAUGAAGAAAUUGAGAUUAUCCCUAUCUUUAAGGAACCAUACAACCCGGUUUUCCUCUCAGGGUUAUCAUCUCUCACAGCUUCAUUAAAGAAAGUAAUUGCAAUUCGUUUAUUACAUACUGCUCGUAGUUUAUCCGCAUACUUUGGAUUUAAUUGUAUGAGCCCUCAUCAUCAAGAAUUACGCUCUUCUGAGGCUGUUGAGACUACUGCCAAUAUGGGCGAAAAGGUCAUUUCUGAUGAAGAGAAGACAGUUAAUGGUGAUGGAGUGAGUAAUGAUGAUUCUUUGGAGACAAACAGUAUAGAAGAAGAGAUGGAAAGUAAGGAUGAUAUGAACACAGUGUUGGAAUCUGAAAGUAUUUUGGUUUUGAUGUCAAAGAGAAAUGCGACAAAAGGGAUCAUUUGUGAACAGGAUCGUUUUUCUUGUAUCAAAUUCUACCGAUAUUUUGAUGUCCCUGUUGGAAAAUUUUUGCGGGAUUACUUGCUCAAUCAGAAGCUCAUGUGUACAACUUGUGGUGAAACACCAGAAGCUCAUUCUUACUACUAUGCACAUCAUGAUAUGCAACUCACAAUUCAAAUCAGACAUCUUCCUGCAGACAAACGUUUAGAUGGUGAAAACGAAGGGAAGCUUUGGAUGUGGAGUUUCUGUGGGAAAUGUAAACCCUCCAAUGGAAGCUUAAAAUGUACAAAAAGAGUGUUAGUUUCUACAGCUGCUCGCAGUUUGUCAUUUGGCAAGUUUUUGGAGCUUGGCUUUUCAAACCACUCUUCAUGUGAUAUAACAUCUAGCUGUGGACAUCUCUUUUACAAGGACUACAUCCACUUCUUCGGAUUAGGUUCCAUGGUUGCAAUGUUUAGAUACUCUUCGGUAUCUACUUACUCUGUGGCUCUACCACAUUGGAAGGUGGAGUUCAGUGAUUCAGUUGGGGGAGAAUUUCUGAAAAAAGAAGUUGAAGAUGUGUAUUGGGAAGGGCUUUCAGUGUUUGCUGAGGUUGAAAGCUCUUUGAAAAAGAUGGAAUUUGAGUUCGUGGGAUCAAUGUUGAAGCUUCAAGGAUCAUUGAAGAAGUUCUGUUAUGUUGAAGAGAUGCUGAACCAAGAACGUGAUCGAUUCCAGGUUGAGAUGAAGAACACAGCUAACGAUGGUGGUUUUAGGAAUAACUGGGUGUACAAGCCUCUGUGCUUAAAUCAUCUACAAUGGGAACUUCUUCUUGAAUCAUGUAUCUGGGACCACCGUCUUCAUUCACUAUUAUCAUCUGAUCUUAAAGUAGUUGACACCAAAACCAUCGAUAACAGCUUGCCAUCGAAAGAGAUCUCCAUUCAAGGAGAUUCAAAAAUCAAUACGAAUGGUGAAUUUUCUUCCUCGAUGUCUGCAAAAUUAUCCGAUCCAAACGGAUGGAUGUGGACCCCGUUCCAGAAAAUCCAAAGCUAUUACACGAACGAUCUUCAAAGAGGUUACUUACCGGAAUUCGAACCGAUCAAUAGGUACACCACCGGAUCAAAAAUAUAUAAAAAAAUCACCGAAGAGGGAUCGAAGCUUCAUUUUCCGGUGGGUCCCGGGAACAAUUACAUGGUAUCGGAUUAUGAAGAGGAGUUAUCAAGUAUAAUCGCGUGUGCUUUGACUUUUCUGAAAGAUCAAAAUAUCUCACCGGAAGGUCAGGGUGUCACCGAUCGGAAUAUAGAAUCACAUUUUUUCAGCUUUGAUGGACUCGAAUUGUUGGAUUCGGUGGAUUCUUCAAGGCAUCUUCAUCCGGUGGUGUCGAUGGGCCGGUUAACUAACAAGGUUAAAUACUCGGUGGGUUGUUUAUAUGUGAAUGAAUUUAUGGAUCUUAGAAGUCGGUGUGGUUUAUCGGAACUGGAUUUUAUUGCCGCCUUAAGUCGGUGUAAACAUUGGGAUGCGAAAGGUGGAAAAAGUAAAUCUUUUUUUGCUAAAACUCUUGAUGGCCGGUUUAUUAUAAAGGAGAUUAAAAAGACAGAGUUUUAUUCUUUCUUGGAAUUUGCUUCCAAUUAUUUUGGGUACAUGAAGGAGUGUUUUAUGGUUGGGAAUCAGACCUCUCUCGCAAAAAUUCUGGGGAUUUAUCAGGUAAAGAAGAGAAAGAGUGGUGUGAAACAUGAUCUAAUGGUGAUGGAGAACAUUACUUAUUGUCGAAAUAUGAUGAGACAAUAUGAUUUGAAAGGAGCUCUGUAUGCUCGUUUCAAUUCUGCUGUUGGUGUCGUGGGAGAUGUGCUUUUGGACCAAAAUUUUGUGAAUGAUAUGAAUGUUUCUCCUUUAUAUGUUAACAGAAAAGCAAAAAGAAACUUGCAAAGGGCCGUGUGGAAUGAUACCGUGUUCCUCAAUUCGAUCAAUGUGAUGGAUUAUUCGUUGUUGGUUGGAGUGGAUGUGGAAAAGAAGGAGCUUGUAUGUGGCAUCAUAGAUUAUGUGAGACAGUAUACAUGGGACAAACAAGUGGAGAAUUGGGUAAAGUCGUUUGUGGUUCCUAAAAACCAGAUGCCAACAGUAAUAUCUCCAAAAGAGUAUAAAAAGAGGUUUAGAAAGUUCAUAGACACCCAUUUUUUGAGUGUGCCUGAUGAUUGGUGCUCUCAACGCCCAUCUAACCCUUGCACUCUCUGUGCCACAGACGCAACUUCUCCUCAUGCUUGUUCACAUUCAACACAACCCUGACCUUAUGUUUGAAAGUCACCCAGCAGGCUAUUGUGUUACCUGAUUUAAACCUCCGUUCAUCAAUUUUUGGAUUAUAUAUAAGUAUUGCGUUCCCUACCUAUAUUUUGCAAUUUUGAGCAAAUUUUUGGGGUUUAGUGAUAAUUUGACUGAUGUAGUUAGCUUAUUAGGUGCAUUUGUUACAUAGUUAUUACUUCUAUUUGGGUU